AAUUAUAGAAUCAGGUAUAGUAUAAUAAAAUUGACAAAUGUGAAGGGAGUCGGAAUACAUUCUGAAAGCACUCUAUAUGCCUCUUUUAUUUUUUUGUAAAUAAUUAGGGUACUAUGACAUAUCCAAUAUUCCCCCUUUCUGCUGUUUUCCGAACCCUGUGAGAUGGGUUGAGCUGAGAAAGAUUGGCCCAAAGUCACCCAGCCAGCAUUCAUUCUUAUGGCAGAACAAGUACUCAGAGUCACCCAGUUUCUAGCCUAGUGUCUUAACCAUUUGACCAAACUGAUUUUAUGGAAGAAGGAAAUUUAUUGAAAGAAAAAUUGGAAAACUUCAUAACCUGGCUUUUUACAUAUUUUCUAAAAAUGCUUUCUGCUUAUAAAACAUAAUAUUCAUUUCAUAAAAGAUAUUAGCAAGACUCUGAGGGACAGUCUCCAUGCAGGAAUGGUAUGGCCUCUCUUGAGCCAGGUUCUGCCUACCAGGAUUCGGUAUUUUCUCCUGAACCUGGUUACUGGGUUCUUGAUAGUCCUGAGCUGCUAUAACCAAGACCAGAUGAGCCCUGAGAGGGAUGUUCCCUUCUUAGAGAUGUGCCCUUGUGUACUGAGUUUGGCAUUAGUCUUAAGUUUAUAUAAAUCCAUGAAGUGUGGAAAUUGGUUUAUUAAAUCUGAUCAUCUCAUUUCUCAUAAAAUUGCACAUUCAGAAGAGAAACGAUUUACCUGCAUGGAGUGUGGAAAGAGCUUUCCUCGUAGUAAUGGUCUUAAUUCCCACAAGAGGAUCCACCCAGGAGAGAACCCAUAUCAAUGCAUGGAGUGUAGAAAAGAUUUUAGGAAGAAGAGUGCUCUGAUUCACUAUAAAACAAUUCAUACAGAGAAAAAGGCACAUUCAGAAGAGAAAUCAAAUACCUGCAUGGAGUGUGGAAAGACCUUCUGUGAUAAUUAUUCUCGUAGAAGACAUGAAGGGAUUCACAAAGGAGAACGACCUUAUAAAUGCAUGGAGUGUGGAAAGACUUUUAGAUGUAGCAGUAGUCUGAAUACCCACAAGAGGAUCCACACAGGAGAGAAACCAUAUCAAUGCGUGGAGUGUGAUGAGGCCUUCUGUUAUUCUAAGACUCUUAGAAUCCAUCAAAGGAAUCACAGAGGAGAAAAACCUUAUAAAUGUAUGGAGUGUGGAAAAACCUUUACUUCUAGCAGUAGUCUGAAAUCCCACAAUUUGAUCCACACAGGAGAGAAGCCAUAUCAAUGCAUGGAGUGUGGAAAGGGUUUUAGGAAGAGUGGUAAUCUUAAUACCCACAAAAGGAUCCAUACAGGAGAUAAACCCUAUCAAUGCAUGGAGUGUGGCAAGACCUUCUGUUAUUAUCUUUCUUUUACAACCCAUAAAAGGAAUCACAAAGGAGAAAGACCUUAUAUAUGCAUGGUGUGUGGAAAGACCUUUACUUAUAGCAGUAGUCUUAAUUCCCACAAGAGAAUCCACACAGGAGAAAGACCUUAUAAAUGCAUUGAGUGUGGAAAGGGCUUUACUCGUAGUAAUGAUCUUAAAUCGCACAAGAGGACCCACACAAGAGAAAGACAUUAUAAAUGCAUGGAGUGUGGAAAGAGCUUUACUCGUAGUACUCAUCUUAAUUCCCACAAGAGAGUCCACACAGGAGAGAAGCCAUAAAAUGUUUGGAAUGUGGAGAGGGAUUUAGAAACAAUUGUGAUCUCACUUCCCAUAAAAGGAUCCAUACAGGAGAAAAAAACCAUAUGAAUGCGCGGAGUGAGGGACGAGCUUUGUAAGGAGUAAUGCUUUUACUCUCCAUAGAAGCAUCCACACAUGGGAGAAAUCACAUCAAUAAAGGAAUUAUGGAAAGAGCUUUAAUAGAAAUGCAGGUAGUCCUCAACGUAUGACUGCAAUUGAGCCCCAAAUUUCUGUUCCUAAGUGAGACUGUUAUUAAGUAUGUUUUACCCAGUUUUAUGACUUUUCUUGCCACAUUUGUUAAGUGAAUCAUUGUAGUUGUUAAGUUAGUAAUAAUGUUAUGAAAUGAACCUAGCUUCCCCAUUGGAUUUGAUUGUCAGAAGCUCACAAAAGAUGAUCACAUGAUCCGGGGACAUUCCAGUUGUUAUGCGUCAGUUGCCAAGCAUCUGAAAUUUGAUCAGUUAACUAUUGGGAUGUUGCAACAGUCAUAAGUGUGAAAAAUGGUCAUGAGUCACAUUUUCAGAGCUUCUAUAACUUUGAAUAAUCGCUAUAUGAACUGUAGUAAAUCAAGGACUACAUAUAGUUGUCUAAAAUAUGCAAGGGCCAUUUGAGUAAUAAUCCAAAUAAACUAGCUCUUCUUAAACAUGCAUGCAUAAAUUGCCUUUCUGGUGCAAACCAGAACAGUGGAUGCCUAAUCCUGCUUGUGGUUAUGCUAAGUCCAAAUAGAUAAAAGUCUUCUCUAAAUAUAGAAAUAUUUAUAAGA